AUGGUUCAAGACGUUGUAGACGAGAGGGAACUCGCGCGCGCGGCUGGAAGUCUCGCGAACGCCAGACCGAUGAACGGCAAGCCUCGAGCACCGGCACAAAGCGUGGUGGAAGAUGCAGAAGAUGACCAGACCAACGAGAACAUCUUCCUGUUUUACCCAAAUCUCAUUGGAUACUUUCGAAUUGUCCUUUGCCUCGCCUCGCUGUAUUUCAUGCCGCUGCAUCCCCGCCGCUGCAGCUUCCUAUACUCCAUUUCUUGCCUGCUGGAUGCGCUCGAUGGGAUCGCGGCACGUAAAUUCGAGCAGAGUACACGAUUUGGGGCUGUAUUGGACAUGGUCACAGAUCGGUGCACUACUACGUGCCUGCUCGUGUUCCUCGCGACUGCAAAGCCGGCAUACAGCAUCAUCUUUCAGGGCCUAAUUUCCCUUGAUCUUGCGAGUCAUUAUAUGCACAUGUACGCUACCCUUGUCAUGGGAGGCCAGACCCAGAGCCACAAGAAUGUGGAUGCGAAGAGGAGCUGGAUCAUGAACCUGUACUACACCAACAAGCUUUUCUUCAUCGCGCUUUACCUACUCUGCUUCAGCUCGCCGAUUGUAACCCCGGCAUUGAAAUGGCCCAGCGAGACCACCCCAACAACGCCGUUGGAGCCCGUACCGUCUCUGCUAUUCUCCAGCCCGUUCAGUGCGGCUGCCAUGGAGCUCGCCCGCGCCAACAAGAUGGACUCCGCAGUGCCAUGGGUGCUCACACUCGCCAGCGCCCCGAUCAUGCUUUUCAAGCAAUACGUCAAUGUCAUUCAGCUGAUUAAAGCGAGUAAAUGGCUCGCAGAGGGCGACCGUCGGGACAGGAAAAAGUUGGGCCUUCCAAGACAGAAAGGUCGCGCUGAGAGGAAGAAGGAACUCUAG